GGUACAUAGGUUGUAAAAGAGAAUACUACAAGAUAUAGGUUAUGUAGAUAUAGGCUGGAGAACAUUCAGUCUGUGACCAUCUUGUACUCCAAAGCUAUGAUGAUAUGACACUUGACAAUCCCAAGUCAGUAAAGCUAGUGGUCACUAGCAAUUAUCUAGGUGGUGAGUGCGAUCAGAACCAACAACGACAUCUCAAAAAGAAGUUCAACCAAACAAUGUAUUUCUGGAAGACUCUGAGAGCCCAAAAUAAGUUACUCACCCAACAAAAGAACCAGCAGGAUGAAAAGUACAUGUGCGCAGGGAUUCUGCGGUUGGCCGUCGGACACGAUGGCCCAUCGCCCCGUUGCUGUGGCAGGGAUGCUGGUGGAGACUGUGCUGGAAGCGCAGCCCACUAUGGACUAUGGAGGCAUACAUCAUCCACGCCUCGCUCUCCAUUUCAUAAGGUUUCUGGAAAGAAGAAAUUUGGGCGGAUCGCAGCCUCUGGCAGCCAGAAUGAAGACUUCAUUGUGGAUCACGGCCACAUUCCUCGCUUCGACGGUCCUAUCUAUAGAGACAUUGCCAUUCUCUCCCCCACAAUUCGCAGAAAUCAGCAAAAGAGCAUACGAUGUCUUACAAAUCCUGAAGCGCGCCGAUAAUAAUUGCCCAGGGGGUUACAAUCCUUGCACCAACCUAGGCCACUCCGACGUUUGCUGCAGAAGCGACUCGAUCUGCUCUCGAGACGCCGCCCAUAAUAUCGCUUGCUGCCCUACAGGGGCAAAGUGCACAGGAAGUCUUACGGGGACGUCCACUGGCACAGACACCAGCUUUAGAUUCCCUGGAACCGCAACCGCGGCACCGACUACGACUACCAACGACGCUACAAUAACCGGUUCUACGUUGACCGGGGCUUAUCCGUUCAUCUAUGUCCCCACCACAUUCCCCAAUGCAGGCAUAUGCUCGUCAUACUGGUCCGUUUGUCAAAGCGAGUAUUCGCAGUGCACCGCGUCACUUGGAGGCCGCUACGGAGUCACAGUCGCAGGAGGCGGUGCAGGAGUCACGGUUGUGGGCGGUGGUCCAACGGCCGCCGCGUCUGUUUGCUCGAGUCUGAGUCAAGCUGCGUGUCAUGGGCUCAACCUGGCGUACUGCGGAACGUAUGCCACGGGAGGAAGUAGCCCGAACAUUGCCGUAUCCGGCCGAACCUCCAGCUUGCAGGACUUAGUUUUUGGUAUGGUUGUUGGCGUGGCGGGAAUGUUUAUCUGA